AUGGAAAUUCCAUGCCCUUUUUCUUUUCCCUCCCUUCUCAUGUCGACCUUCAGGCACCAUUCUUUGCCUCCUGUUACCAUCACCCUAACAGAUAUUGUCUUUGCUACCAUUGAUCCUAAGACAACAACGACGAGUACAUAUCCACUUGACAACGCUAGUAAUAAUUCAGCAUCUUCGCCAUCACAACCCACACGUCAUCAGCAGCAUGAUCGAUGGCUACAUCAGUUACUGCCGGUAUUGGGCGUCUUUGCCAUCAUUGGACUAUUAUCUAUCCUUGGCCUACUUGUAUACCUAGCAUACAGGUUUUAUCGAGCUGAUCGUGAUCGUAAUGCUGGUAUUGGUGGUGGUCGUGGUCGUGGAAGGAGGCGAACAAGAAAUCCCGAUGAUGAUACAGCUUCUGGAAUGCCAUGGAUGGCAGCAGCAGCAGCAGCAGAAGCAGCUAACGAAGAAUACGAUGAGAGUGAUAGCGAUAAUAAUAAUAAGAGAUCACCUGGUCUUACACGAUUUGUACGUAAAUGGCAUCCACCACCAUCCCCAGACCAAGGAAUGUAUGAUGAUCCAUCAUUCAUCUCACGGACAUUUGUUCCCAUGGAUACAUCACCUAUGACACUUGUGCCACGAUCAGAGGUGUUACGUGACCCUGCAAGGCGACGAGGCAUUGAUGCAUUAGACUUAUGGGAACAAAAACAUCAACCACGGUAUCCAUCAUCAGCUUCAUCUUCUGAAACGGUCCAAGUGUCACCACGGCAGCAGCAACAGCAAAUGCCACAACAUCAAGAUGAGCCAGGUGCAGGAUCAUCAUCGUCAUCACCUAGUCAUGUGGCAAUAGCUCGUCAAGCACUUGAAAAGAGUCGAUUGGAAAAUAGUAGUAGCCAAUGGCUGGUAUAA